UUCCUCUUUUCGGUCCUUUUGGACAUGGUCGCCGUCUGACGCUGCAUGCACGGUGAAGUGGAGUGACAAGCAUCGUCUCGGGUCACCAUGGUUCGUAUGAACGCGCUUGCAGAUGCAUUGAAAUCAAUCAACAAUGCGGAGAAGAGGGGAAAAAGACAAGUCCUCCUCCGCCCUUGUUCCAAAGUCAUUCUUCGCUUCCUCACUGUCAUGAUGAAGCAUGGCUACAUAGGAGAGUUUGAAAUAGUGGAUGAUCAUCGAGGGGGUAAGAUCGUGGUGAAUCUCACCGGUCGCCUGAAUAAGUGCGGUGUCAUCUCUCCACGCUUCGAUGUUCGUAUCACAGAACUGGAGAGCUGGUCCACCAGGCUACUCCCUUCUCGACAGUUUGGGUAUGUUGUGCUGACAACUUCAGGAGGUAUCAUGGAUCAUGAAGAGGCAAGAAGAAAGCAUCUUGGUGGCAAGAUUCUUGGCUUCUUUUUUUGAUGAUUCAUUCUAAAUUGUCUGAGUGAUAUUGAAGGGAAAAAUAUCCAUCAUCAUUGCA